AACGAGUCUGCAACACUGUACUAAAUUGUCAAAUUUUUGUUGUAAUUUCCUCAUUUACUUCAUUUGUUAUCGAAACAACAAUUUUACGAACGAAUAGAAAAUUUAUUUUAACAUUUUAUAUUUAAUUUUCACUACAUUUACUUCAAAAUGCCACGCGGUAAAUACACGAACCACAAAGGACGCAACCGAAAGUUUACUAGUCCUGAAGAACUAGAAGAGCAACGUAAGCAAGAAGAACUGAAAAAAAAGUGGAGAAAAGAACAUGGCGGUGAAAGUUCCAGUGAAGAAGAAUCAGCUGAAGAAAAAUCAGGCUCUGGUAGUGAAGAAAGUGAUUCAGAUGAUGAUACACCAGUAAAAGCAAAGGGUGUUUCAGGCCUCAUCGAAGUAGAAAAUCCAAAUCGUGUAGUAAAGAAAAAUAAGAAAUUAUCCAAUCUGGAUAAUUUAGGAGAAGCUGAAAAACCUCAGUUAUCAAGACGCGAGCGUGAAGAGAUAGAGCGGCAACGGGCCGCCGCAGCCUAUCAGAAAGCACAUGCGGAAGGUAAAACAGAGCAGGCACGCGCGGAUUUGGCGAGGUUAGCCAUCAUCCGACAGCAGCGAGAAGAAGCAGCGAAGCGUAGAGAAGCCGAGAAAAAAGCUAAGGAAGAAACUCCUAAAAAACGGUAGACAAUGUCCUGUUGAUAGACUGCAAGAAUAUUGUUUUUUGCUGUUAACAAGCUCAUACUCAAGCUAGGUCAGGCUUUCAAAAUUCCAAUUUUAAUAAAUUUAAGAAUUUCAGUCUCUUUCCAAACUCAUGCAAUAAGGAAUUGUCGGUUAAUAUUGUCGCAUAAUACGUUAAAUAUUUUAUAUCGGUUUUGAAACCCUUUCCUGGCAGUGGUUGUAUGUAAAUUGUAUGUAAAAGGAUUUGUUUAGACCUUACAAUGUGUUCAAACAAUUUUUUGCAUCCAUUAAACUAAGUACCAUUAUGUUAUGAGCAGUUCUGUUAUAAUACAUAGGUUUGACGGGUUCUUUACAUUACAUUAAUCUUUUUAAAUAAUCAAGACAAAUAUUCACAUUGUCAUUUUCAAUUUUUAAGAAGUCAAGUUUUCUCUAAAUUUUGUAAAAUAAGACUAGUCGUUUUCGUCAAAGUGGAUGUUUCAAAGUCCACUUGUGUUGUUUCUUUUGAUGUAUGGUUGUAGGCAAUUAAAAUGCACGUGAUUUUCUGAUAUUGAUCAAUCAUCUUGGGAAAAUGCACAGUAAUUUCAGUCUAACAUUUUUGUACCCACUGACAAUUUGCCAUAAAUAGGACUAAAAUGAUUUAAAUAAUGCUGGCUUAGUUGGCUAUUUAAUAAAGAAAAUAAUAUACUAAUAACUUGUUUGUGGCGAUUGUGUAAGCUACGUAACUUUGAUGUUUUUUUACCGCAUCGUUACUCAGAAUCUGUUUUAUUAUUAACAUGAUUUAUAUUGUCAUUAUGAUUAAAAAGUUCACUUAUAUUAUUAUAAUAAAAUGUAUUAUAUUAUGAUAUGUAAAAUAAAUAUUUAAAAGCGAAUAUAGUAAAGGGUAUAUAUUGUAUUUACAUAUAUUUUCAAUUCCACCUGAAUGUACCUAAGUAUAUAAAUUUUAUGUAUCUAUUUUGCUUAGGUCUAAUUAUUAGAUAGUCUCACUAGGCAAUUUUUAUAUGCAAACUUGUAUCUGUACAAAUAAAAGUUGAAAAUGAUUUUUAUUUUACUUU